AUGAAACUCCUCAAUUAUGUUUUGGUCUAUCGCCGCUUUCUCCUUGUGAUUCUCUGUGUUCUCCUCUUAUUGCCACUCCCUCUCGUUGUCCGCACCAAGGAAGCAGAAUGUGCCUACGUCCUCUUUGUUGUGGCCAUCUUUUGGGUCACAGAAGCCUUACCCCUGUCAGUCACAGCUCUACUGCCUGGCUUAAUGUUUCCCAUGUUUGGGAUCAUGUCUUCCACACAUGUGGCCUCUUCUUAUUUCAAAGAUUUUCACUUGCUGUUAAUUGGAGUCAUCUGUUUAGCAACAUCAAUAGAAAAAUGGAAUUUGCACAAGAGGAUUGCUCUGAGGAUGGUGAUGAUGGUGGGUGUGAAUCCAGCCUGGCUGACGUUGGGGUUCAUGAGCAGUACUGCCUUCUUAUCUAUGUGGCUUAGCAACACCUCUACUGCUGCCAUGGUGAUGCCCAUCGUGGAGGCUGUGGCGCAGCAGAUCAUCAGUGCUGAAGCAGAGGCCGAGGCCACUCAGAUGACUUAUUUCAAUGAAUCUGCAGCCCAUGGACUGGAAGUUGAUGAAACUGUUAUUGGACAAGAAACAAAUGAGAGAAAAGAGAAAACAACACCAGUUCUAGGAAGCAGUAAUGACGCAGGGAAAGUUUCAAGCAAGAUGGAGACAGAAAAGAACAGAGUCACAGGAGUAGCUUAUCGGUCAAAGAGGGACCACAUGAUGUGUAAACUCAUGUGUUUAUCUAUUACUUACUCUUCAACCAUUGGUGGGCUGACAACAAUCACUGGUACCUCCACCAACCUGAUCUUCUCUGAGCACUUCAAUACACGCUACCCUGAGUGUCGUUGCCUCAACUUCGGAACCUGGUUUUUGUUAUCCUUCCCAGUUGCUGUCAUCCUUCUACUCUUGUCCUGGAUCUGGCUUCAAUGGCUUUUCUUAGGAUUCAACUUCAAGGAGAUGUUCAAAUGUGGCAAAAUCAAAACACCCAAAGAAAAAGCAUGUGCCGAGGUGAUCAAGCAAGAAUAUGAAAAACUGGGGCCAAUUAAAUAUCAAGAAAUCGUGACCUUGGUAAUCUUCGUCGUGAUGGCCUUGCUAUGGUUCAGUCGGGAUCCUGGGUUUGUUACUGGCUGGUCGGCCCUGUUUUCAGAGCACUCUGGUUAUGUUACAGAUUCAACUGUUGCGUUAGUUGCCGGAAUACUUUUCUUUCUAAUUCCAGCUAAGAAAUUGACAAAAACUACAUCUUCAGGAGAAAUUGUUGCUUUUGAUUUCUCUCCCCUGAUUACUUGGAAAGAAUUCCAAUCAUUCAUGCCGUGGGACAUAGCCAUUCUCGUUGGUGGCGGCUUUGCCCUGGCAGACGGCUGUCAGGCAUCAGGACUAUCUGCCUGGAUAGGAAGCAAAUUAUCUCCUUUAGGUUCAUUACCAAUUUGGCUAAUAAUUCUAAUAUCUUCUUUGAUUGUCACGAGCUUGACAGAGGUAGCCAGCAAUCCAGCUACCAUCACCAUUCUUUUCCCAAUAUUGUCUCCUUUGGCUGAAGCCAUUCAUGUGAACCCUCUUCACAUUUUACUGCCUUCUACACUCUGUACAUCAUUUGCAUUCCUUCUGCCAGUUGCAAAUCCACCCAAUGCUAUUGUUUUUUCAUAUGGCCACUUGAAAGUCAUUGACAUGGUUAAAGCUGGACUUGGAGUAAAUAUUUUGGGUGUUGCUGUGGUGAUGCUGGGCAUGUUCACCUGGAUCGAAUCUAUGUUUAACCUCCAUGAGUACCCUGCCUGGGCUCCCAACUUUGUUAAUCAGACCAUGCCAUGA